AGGUUGCCCAUCAAAGGGUUAGCUAAUUGCUGAUGGUUCAGCAUUAAGAAGUGUAGCCAUCUGUGGCAUGGACAGGUAUGAAAACCUGGGACUUGUAGGGGAGGGAAGCUAUGGGAUGGUACUCAAAUGUCGCCAUAAAGAAACUGGACAAUUAGUGGCUAUCAAGAAAUUUCUUGAGUCGGAAGAUGAUAAAGUGGUCCAGAAGAUUGCUUUAAGAGAGGUCAAAAUGUUAAAAGUAAGUUGUUUUUUAUGGUUGGUUUUGUAAUUUAAAAAUAAUUUAUAUCUGCUUCUACUUUUAAUUGCCAGUAUGACUUCAGUUUCAGAAUAAAUAUUAUUUUUGAGGAGAAGCAAGUAACAAAGUUAAUGUUUUAGCUUUUUUUUUAUCAUUAUUCAUUGUGGUAGUAAAAUGAGCAACUCACAACAUUAUUAACUCUGUAUAAGUUAAUUUUUUUUGUCUAUUUAUGAUUGCAGUAUGAUCAUGAUAAUUUAAGCUAUUUAUAUUGAUCAAAUGUACUACUUAAUUAUUUUUCAUGCAACUUGUUUUUCAGCAACUCCAACAUGACAAUCUUGUAAACCUUAUUGAGACUUUCCGUAGGAGAAAACGUCUUUAUCUGGUGUUUGAAUUUGUUGACCAUACCAUCUUAGAUGAAUUGGAGAAAUGUCCGAAUGGCCUUGAUGAAAAUUCAUGCCGUAAAAUAUUGUGGCAGGUUCUCAAAGGGACAGAAUUUUGUCAUUCUCAUAACGUAGGUUGUUUUUAUUUUUUUGGUGGCUGUUCAUCAAAACACAUUUAUCUCCUUUAUGCUAAAUGAAUUGUGUUUUUUCAUGGUGUGUAAUAUAAUAAUUAACUCUGAGCAGGUUUGUUAAAGUACAAAUUUACACCAAAGACUUUCUUCUUCAUAAGUGAUGAUUUCUAAUAAAUCUCUAAUUAACAAUUUUUGUGUUUGUAUCAAAUUAUUCAAGAAAAAAUAUGGAGUUUGGAAUUUAUUUAUUUUGUUAAUUAACCGCUUGAAAUUUGAGUUGAAAACAAUCAGAUUUGUUAUUUAGGUUUAUCAUAUUCACUUGUACAUAUGGAGGCUAAUGAGAAUAAUUUAGGAAAUAAACUACCACUUAGAAAACUUAAUCCAGCUUCAAUUAAUAAAUUUCAUCAUUAUAAUUUCUAGAUAUAUAACCCCCCCCCCCCCAUCCUAUGCCUGACAUCCCAAAUGUGUCACAAAAAGUUAGACACCCUUGUCACAAAUCAUCAGAAAAUAUGACACCCCCUCCCCUGUGGAUGUGUGACAUUAUUUAUGAAUGACCACAUUAACUGUAUACAUAAAUUAAAAUCUUAAAUAGAUUUAACUUGGACUAUAUUUAACAUCAAAUUUUCCAAGGGACAAGUAAGCACUGCAUUGAACAAGAAUGGAAUCCUUAUUCUCCUUAGUGAAUAACACACAUUAGAACAACCUAUCCAUAAGUAUAAAUCUAAUACAUAAAUAAGGUUGUUGUUUUUUUUAAUUUCAUUCUUUUUUGAAAUUUCCAACUUCACAUUUUGUUACAGAUCAUUCACAGAGACAUCAAGCCAGAAAAUAUACUGAUAAGUAAGAGUGGUAUAAUCAAAAUUUGUGACUUUGGAUUUGCUAGAACCUUAGCACAACCUGGUGAGACGUACACAGAUUAUGUUGCUACUAGAUGGUACAGGGCCCCAGAGCUUUUGGUUGGAGACACCAAAUAUGGCAGGUAAGUACCACAAUGCUGAUCCUAAAACUGGUGCAAAUCAGGCCUCCAUAAAUAUAUGACUUUUAAAAAAGAAUUAUGACAUUUUGACAAUGUAAUUUUAUGAUUGAAUAUGUUACUCAUGAGAAUGUCAGUUUACUUUUGAAUUUGUCACUCUAGCAGUGUAACAUAGUGUUUUGAAGCAUAGAGGAUUUUCCGCACAGUAAAUUUGAUUUCUUCACUACAAUUUGAACUCAUAAAAAUUAUUUUUAUAAAACUAGAUAAAAACCCAUGUAAAUCCCAUUUUUCCCCCAGAGCUGUUGACAUUUGGGCCAUUGGGUGCUUGUUAUAUGAAAUUAUAACAGGAGAACCACUCUUUCCAGGAGAUUCUGACAUAGACCAGCUGUAUCAUAUAAUCAGGUGUUUUGGUCAGUUAAACAAAUCUUUUAUUGAACUUAAUAACUAAAACUGUGUUCUGAGAAACUUAUAAUUAACUACUUUGAAACAAGACAUAAAUUCAACAGAUUUUUAAAUUUUUUGCUGCAUGUCAUAUAUUUGUUUUUAAAUUUUUUAAUUGUCUCCAGAUGUGAGGCAGUGUAAAUAUAAAAAUAUCAGUCAGGAUAUGGUAGAUAUUUGAAGAAUAUUUAUUUUUUUAUAGCCCAACUGUUAUUCACAUCCCAAAUAAUGAUGAUAUCAUUUUAACAAUUCACUUCUUUUUUAUUUUAAUUUUUCAAGGAAAUUUGCCACAAAGGCACAAAGAAGUUUUCCAUCGUAACCCACUUUUUGUAGGCAUGCGGCUGCCAGAGGUGCGGGAUAUUAUUCCCUUAGAGAAGAAGAUAACCAAAGUCUCUCCUGAUUCUCUAAAUUUUAUGAAGGUAUUGAAUAUUUUAUUUCUUUUAUUAUCUUUUAAGUUCCCAUUAAAAGUUUAUUUAAAGGUAUUCCAACAUACCCUCCAUGUAUUGUCUUCAGAUGGGAAAAAAGCUAGGUGACCUUCUGGUUCACAGUCACCUUUCAUUUGACCCAUCUUAUGUUGGAACUAAACCAUGCUCAAGAAGCCUUUGUAGGUCUUGUCCCUAUACACUCCAAACCAAAAUUAUUAGCCUUCCUAAAAGUACUUUUACCAUCAAACAAAGAGUGCUUUACUUGUGUAAGUCGAAAUGUGAUAUAUGGGAUUGUGUGCCAUAGAUACCACUCCUGAUAUAUAUAGGCGAAACUGAUAGAAGAUUAUCAGAUUGAUUCACUGAAAAUCUUCUUGAUAUUGAACAGGCUAGACUUUCGCUAGUCUCAGGGGUGUAGCUAGCGUUGGUGUCACCCGGUGUGGUAAACUCAUGGUGUCACCCCUGCCCCCCGACUUCCAUGAUGGAUUUCUUAUUGUUAAAAGAAGUUCACAUUAUAACAAUGACAAGAACAAAAACAAAAUAAUUGAAGUUCAGAUGGUAAAUGUAUUUAAGAAUUGUAACAGCGCUAUGUUAUUUUCCUUUCCUGGUCUUCAAAGUUGUAAACCUGUCAAUCACUUGAUCAAAAUCAAUAUCCUUCACCGUUUCACUUUCAAUUGAAAGUAGAGCUAGAUCAGAGCUACUUCCUUUAUCGCUAAUGAUCUGAUCUUGAGUUCAAAAUGAAAGUGAUGAAUACACUCCAGCAUCUCCCUAUGGUUUUCUUCUUGCAGAGAGAGUCCAGUAUCUAUUAAUUUUUCUCCUGUCAUUCUCUUCUUAACCCUUAAUCUUCUCCCUACCAAAAUUCUAUACUAGUCUAAUUUUAAAAGUGCCUUUUCAAUAGCAUGUUCCACCAAGUGGCAGCGCUUCUCAUGCAGAAACAAUCUAAAGGCCUUUUUUGUUCUUCACCACUUUGUCAAGAGUAAAGCUUUAGUUUCCAGAUACUGCUGUGUAAGAUUAACUUCCUCACAUAGAUCAGCUCAAAGGUAAAUGUAGCAGAUAAACAUGAAAUCAAAGAUAGCAUGUAAAAGAACUUGUGCUGUAUGACAAUCAUGCUCAAAUGUUAAGGGGUGGUGCAGUGACGAAUCUGUGACAAUAUUUAUUUUGAGUAUUUCUGGGUUUUGGUAUAUUUGGUUUCAAAAACCUUAUUUCUUUUAAAUUUUAAAUUAAUUUAAAUCAAUUAUCAAAAGAUAGAAAAUCUUUUAAAUAUAAUUUUGUUAACCCUAUAAAUGGGCAAAAGUCAUUUUUUUUUAUGUUUUUAAUUUUUACAGAUUUGAUUCAUGUGCUUAGAAUAGCCCGACCACAUCGUAUUUGGUAUCAAUGGAAAGCUUUAUUUCUCAGAAUUUAGAUAAAUUUAGCUACCUGUCACUCACAAAAGUUACUGAAAAGUCAAUCGGUGUUGAAUCAUUGUCAAAAUGGUGUUUUUCUUACCUAAUCAUAGGGUCACCUCAUUUCUGACGCACCACUAUAAUUAAAGCAAGCAUUUGGAUUGAUUACAUGUGUGGAAAAUUCACAUAUGAUCAGUUAUCCUUUAAUGAAAUUCAGUUAAACCAAGCAGUGUAUGCUCUGUAAAUAAUAUGCUGUUUUUUUAAAUUUGGUGUCACCCCUGAGAUGGUGUCACGCAUUGCGGUCCGCACCCCCAGCACACCCCUAGCUAGCCCACUCCCCUGUCUCAUCCCAUUUCAAUGAAGAUAAAUAUAAAGGGACAUUAAAAAUAUCCAUCAUUGCCCUGAUUUCCUGUACCAAGACACCAGAGAGAGUUAGAAGGGAAAACAAAUUAAUUUAGCUUUUUGCCACAAUAUCAACAUAUGGAAUUAAUCCAAUACUCUCCUACUAAUGACUUGCUAUUUCCCUGCAUUUUUUUCUUUUCUCAUUUUUUAUAUUUCUUAAAAAUAUUUUUUUGGUUAAGAUUCAGAUCUUUUUUUUUUCACAGCAACAUUUCAUAAAUUCUUUCACUUCCUGUAAUCUUGGUAUCGGAAAAUCCAAAUUCUGGCAAUAGCAAUGGCAAUCACUUAAGUUUUUAACUUGUUUUUAUUUUUGUCAUAUUUUAUUUUGGGCUGUCUGCUGAGGAAGGCCCUUAGCUAAAAAGUGUUUUACCUUAUUGUCUUGUCUUUGAAUUUAAGCUUUCACAUAUUUUGUUCUUCUAUUUCCUGAAUUUACCAAAUGUUGCAAAAAAUCAUUGAAAGGCUAUCACUAAUCAUUUAAUUGUUUUAUGUCUUUUUGCUUUUAGCAAUGCUUACAAUUAGACCCAGAGAAGAGGCCAACUUGCACACAGCUUCUGAAACAUAAUUUAUUCCUUAAAGAUGGCUUUGGAGCCCGAUUUAUUGUUGAAUUGAGACAAAAAAUCUACCACGAAAAUGUAGCCAAUGAGCUCCCGAAGUCAUCACCCAGCACAAUCAAGGCAGAUCAGGAAAAGACAACUGAAGAGGAUGAAAAUGAAAACAGCAAAGUGUUUAAAGUGAUAGCAAAGAAAAAGAAGAAGCCUGAGCCAAAAAAGGUUAUAUUGUUUUUUUUUAGAUAAUAGAUAACUAUAGACUUUAAAAAUGGAUAGUCUAUAUCUCAAGCUAAUAAUUAUAAUGGUCCUCUGAUCUUUAAUAAUUUCAAACAUAAAUUGAGUUAAUUUUAACUAUAUAAUAAUGGAAACAUUGUCAGGCAAGUAAACUCUUCAGAUUAAAAAAAUAUGUAGCAUGUCAACGAGUUCUGGUAACAGAAUUAAUAAAUAAUUUUUAAAAAUUGUAUUAAUUUUUACCAUUGCUUAGGAUGAAACAAAAAGUGAUGAAAAGACUCUCAAGAAGAUACUCGAUACAGAAAAUAAAUCUUACUCUAAAGAGAGUUCACUGAAGCCCACAGCUGCCACGCCAGUAAUCAGCUUCAUCAAUCAACCAAUGACUCUACCUCCUGCAGCAAAUAGCGCCACAUUUUUAAGUGCAAAUCUCUCACAAAACAAUGCCAAUGAAGGAGAGUUUUUUACAGAAAAAGACAACAGGGACAGGGAUAAAGAUGCCAGGGAUCAUAUCACUCAGGCCCACCACCUGACUCCAAGCAACAUUCCACCGAUUACAACAAACACUCAAACCCGGUAAGAAAUUGUAACAUUCAAUUUUUUUUUUAAAAUUAUGUGCAAAUUUUGCUUGUUAUCCAAAUACAUAGUACCUUACUUUACAGUACAAUUUUUUUACAUUGAUUUUGUAUUACAUGUUGCUAUUGUUAUUUUUAAUUGCUAAAUAUUUUUUUUUAAAUUGUUUUUCCUGAUAAAAAAUGAAGAAAUGUUUUUAGAAUUUAAAAAAUAUUAUGAUUUCAAAUAUUAAAUUUAUCUAUUUCUAAGUUACAGCAAAUAUUUUAUUUCAUGUGAAUUAUUAUUUCUUUAUCUAGGGAACAUUCACAUGAAGAAUUUAUGUGUACUAUUGACACUAAUUAUUGGUGUCUUUAAGCUGAAAUGUCACCUAAACCUUAGUAAUAAUUCUUUUUAUUGAGAUUCUCUAAUUUCUUGCUUUGACCACUCCAGCAUCAGAGAUUAUUUGGUUUACUUUUUUCAGAGCUCCUGUGUUGAGAACUUUUUUAAGGUGAUUUGCUUUAUUCCUAUAAUCAUUUAUGAAAACAAAAAUGUGUAACUUCUCAGACAUCUUUGAGGAACAUUGAGAGGCUUUGAAAUAUGAAUUGUUAUUUAUUUAUUUUUUUGCCUUCCAAUUUAAAGAAAUAGAGAGCUUACCACUUUAGUAACAACAAAAAUUUUCUCCUCAGAGUUUACUGUACUAUCAGUCUAUGAGAAUUCAAAAUAAAAUUAAUGAUUAUAAAAUUAGCCUUAAUUUAAAAAGAUUUUGGCUGGAAGUCUCACCACUCACCUUCAACUGUCCUAAAACUAUUUAUUAGAGCUAAUGAUCACAAGCCAUUAAAAGGAUACAGAAAUGAGCUGCUGUUAAUUUAUUAAUACUUUUUUUAACAAAAAGUAACUAAAAAAUUGUUUUUUCUGUGAAGAAAAGUUAUUUAUUGGACCACUAUAAAUGUGGGAAUGUCCUCAAUUAAUUUUAUUUGAUCUUCUUAUGAGCCAAAAAGGGUUUACGACAAUAUUGAACAUAUCUGAAUGUUCCUAAAACAAGUCAAAUAAUUCAGUUGUAAUCAGACUUUUAAUAUUGAAUAUUUUCACUGGCCAUACACACACAGCACAAGUUCACAUAACAUGCAUCAUUGUUUUUUUAAAUUCUAAAGCUCACUCACGAAGUAAUAUAGUUCUAUGUGGAAGGAUAGCUUUAUAAAACUAUUAGUUGUUUGGUUUUUUUUUAAUGUUGGUAUGUAUUUUGUCUAAAGAUAAUGCCUCAUUUGAAAAAAAAAAAAUUACAUUAACAAAUGUUUUCAUUUAAUGCUUAAAUAAAGUAUUACAACAUAUUUGUUCCUGAAUACAGUGUUACUAAUAAUUAUUGCUAAAAAGUCUCAGCGCUCCCACAAUAAUUUAAAUAACAGAUUCUACAUAAAUUCUAAUUUAUAAUAAAUUACUUACCUAAAAGCCUUUUGAUUCCAAUACUACAGUGUGAUUAAAUAUCUCUUUUUGCCUAACCAUUUCCCUAAAUUAUAUUAGUUUAUCUAAAUUGUUUUUACAUAUUUUGAUAAAGCUAAAAAUCAUAUCUCUUUGAGAUGGAUUUAACAUUAAAGAUUGCUAUUUUUUUUGCAUAAGAAAAUCAAUAGAUGCAUUAAAUUUAUAUUAAUUCAAAAUUUCUGUGAUUUAUUUUGACAUUUUUGGAAAUUAACAUUACAAUUGACCAGAAGUUAAACAAAUUUCAUACUUGUCAAAUCCUUAACAUUGUUGACCUAAAUAGCCAUGAGGAUUUUAAAUUUCUCUUUUUUUCACAUGAAAAUAAAGUUUUCAUGUUAGACAACAGUGGCAAAUGUUUUGUACUAAAAACUUUUUACCUUUUCUUUCAGGAUUGCAAGUAAUUUUUUAAAUUAAUUUCGCAGGCUUAAUUUAGAUUUUUUAUUUUCAUUUCUUUUUACAUUACUCAAAACAACUAAUGGGAAAACAUAACUCAUUUGUGGAUAUUGGGUCUUCAUAUAUUUUAUUUUUACAAAUGAAUAUUUAUAAACAAAACACCUCACAUCUGAAAGUUCUAAUAAUUAAGCUAUGAAACCUUAGGAGGGUAACCUUUUAUUAAUUUAUUUACAAAAUAGACCCUUUGGAAACAUAAAGAGUGAUCUCAGUACCUCUUGCAUUACCUGAGAGUACCACGGAAGCCCUUUCUUUGAAAGUUGUUCAACAUCUCCUGCAAUUUCAUAUGGUUUUAUUCUAGGGUGUCAAAGGGAUGCAUCUUUAACUCAAAUUUCAUUUUGGGAAACCAAAUUUUAUCCCCCAUGAUGAUCCUAGAAUUAUAUUUGGAUAGUUGGGCCUCUCUUAAAGCUUGAGAUACAUAUCAUGCAAUGACUACUUUUGAUCGAUUUUUCAGAGCGAGCGAAAAACUUUGCAGUAUCGCAAUGCAUUACUAUGUUCUCGGUGAGGUUCUCUUGUCAGACCAGAAAAACAAUCAAGCCAAAUGACUGUGGUCCUAGAGUGUUUGAGAAUCACUGCUGGUCAUCUACAGCAUCCUGGUCUUUUUCAGUCAUUUUGACUAAGUCUUGCCAUUGGAUCAAAUAGGCAAGGAUCAGAGAGUGACGCUGAUGAAUUGAGCAACUCUCUCUCACUUUAAACAAAAUACAGCUCAAUUCAAGGUUACUACUCAAGUUGAAAAUUGCCUCAUCUAUAUGGAUAAAGGACAAACAAUAUAACAGACUGUUUAACUGUGAUCCUUAUUGAUACAUUUUCUAAAAAAUUAUUGAUGUUUUGCUGGUGAUCAGUCACCCUGAACAUUUGUCAUCUUCAAACAGCACUUGGUCAACCCUUAAAAACAUUCAUACCAUAUACAAAUCUAUGCUUGACUAAAAAAAUUCAUCAAACCUUGAUGCAGCAUUUAUAAGGUCUUGUUUGCAGAUUUGCUCAGUUUUACAUUAAACCAGAUGAGAGAUGUUGUUACAAAUUAUCAGCCAUCUUAACAUUGGUUAGCAGUUGUAACACUGGGAUUUAAAAAAUAUAUUCAACAACUAUUUACUUUUAGACAUAGUAAUGCAACCCUGCAGUGAUCUUCAGUUUCAAAAUUGUAUUGGCUGAAGAGUGCAACUGUAGCAAAUGCAGCCUCAAAAAUUUCUCAUGAAUGUGUAUUUCUAUAAGAUAUGAAUUUAUGAAAUUUUAAAUUUGAUGACAGACAUGGAUACUUUAGGAAGGAAAAAACUAUUCAAUUAUUUCAGUUAAAAAUAACUAGAUUAUAAUAUUAACAUGUAUUUUUCAUUUCCAAUAGUAGUCUUUUCAAAAUCCCUUGUUACUAAAUGACAUUGCUUCUAUUUUGUUAGUUAAAAAAUCUCUUCCUUCUCUUGAUUUGUUUUCCAUCAGUAACCCUGCAGGGAUGUAUAUGGUAUAUAUAUUUUGUCAUGCAUACUUAUAUUUUGUAAAUAUUUUAUUAUUUUUACAUCUUAAUAAUCUCGUAUACAAAUAAUUUGAUUUCCUUUAUUACCUAGUUUAUGUAGCUAUUAUUUAGCAUCUUGACCAUAGUUCGUAGUGGACCAUAAAGUAGUUGUCCAGUUGCUUGGUCUCACAACUUAGCUAGUAAAAGUAGGACUGCUAAACGAGUCUAUUUAUGUGCAUAAUUUUGUCCCUUUCAUCAAUAGAUUUUAUAUUGUUUUACAUAUCAGAUUUUUCUAUCUUUAAAAAUCUCCACCAAAACUUUUUAAUGGGCAUUACACUUAUUUUACUUUUUCAAAGUAUUGUCCCCUUUUACUAUAAUCAAGCCUGUAAUUUUCUAUAGAUGAAUAGCAUUAAAAUAAAUAUUGUUGCUUUAUGGGACAGAAAUUUUUUUAUUAAAGUAAGAUGGCCAAAAUAAAAAUUUAAGGGAAGGAUUUCAUGUCAAUGGAUCUAAAGUUUUAUUAUGAGACAAUCCAUUUUUUUAAGUACUGUAUUUCUAUAAGUACUAUAUUCACUUAUUUUAAAAAAAAGAUGAAAUAAUCCUGAAAAUUAAACAUAAAUUUUGUUUUAAAUUUUAAAGUAAUAAAAAUAAUUUCAGACGUAGACAAAAAUAGACCCACAUUUUUUUAAAUUUUAAAUCCCAAACUGUGUACUGUGCACUACUUUUAUCAAUUCCAUGAAACUUUUAUUGAUAUAAACUCUGUAAUAGUCAGGAGAACUCUUGACUUUCUUUUUUAAUUGAGUCUAUUACUCUGUGUACCAAUAUUUUAAGUCUACCCAUAUAUUUUAAAGAUGAAAAAUAAGGAGAUCAUAACUGUUUUAACGGUAAGACAUUCUUUAAUAUUUUGUCAGAGCUCAAAGCAAUAUACCUAAGGUCUGUGCAAUUAUAAUAACUUAAAAUAUGUAUAUUUUUGCUGGUAGGCAACACUUUUUCAUAACAAGUUAAAUUGAUUUUAAAAAAAUAAAAGAUUUUAUUUUUAUCAGAACAAGAUUUUAUAACAUGUAAUAUUGACAGGUCCAAGAACUUAUGGGCUAUUACUCUAAAAAAAGAUAUGUGUCUUUUGCUGUUGAUGACCCAGCAAUUUUUUGAUUACAUGCAUCUUCAGUUUCGUUAUUAAACAUCUAGUUUCUUUUGUUUAACUAUUUGUAGUCCUGCAAUAGCAAAGGUGAAAACUGAUGAGAAGUGGUCCCCCCGUAAUCCACUUGGCAAUCGAACUUCAACGUUCAGGUAAAACUUAUUCCACAUAAAAUGGGUAUUUUGAGUUGUAACACAAACAUUUUACUUGUGAUUAUGGGGUUUAUUUUUUUUUCUAUUCAUAGUACAAAUGUAAGAAAAACUCAAGCAAUUGGUGGAACCUACAUAUAGCUGGAUGUUUUUUUUAUACCCUACAUCCACACCCUACCCCCCAUACUUUAAUCCACACUCUCCACUCCACACUCUACCAUGGACGUCAUUUGGGCAGUGAAGGGUGGGACAUCCCCCCCCCCACCCCCGAAUUAGCCUCCAAUAAUAAACAACUAAAGAAACUGAACAAGUUUUGGUUUUGCCCCUAUUUUUUUUUUAUACCCCACCUCCCCCCCCUCCCCCCCAUACUUUAAUCCACACUCCCCACUCCCCACUCUACCAUGGACGUCAUUUGGGCAGUGAAGGGUGGGACAUCCCCCCCCCCACCCCCGAAUUAGCCUCCAAUAAUAAACAACUAAAGAAACUGAACAAGUUUUGGUUUUGCCCCCCCCCCCUUUUUUUUCCUGAAAAAAACUGAAAAAUGACGCCCCUACAUCCCACACCAUACAUCCCAAACCCUACACCCCACCUCCUAAUCCCAAUACUCCACACCCUACAUCCACACCAGAGGCGUAGCGAGGGGGUGGCAGGGGGGGACAGAUGUCCCCGGGCGCCAGCUAGUUAGGGGCGCCAAAAUGUGCUUUGAUUUUAUUUUAUUGAUGAAAAUAAUGGGUUUGAGAGUUUAAAAAAAGAAAAAGGGGCGCUUUAAAAUGGAUCUUGUCCCCGGGAGCCAAACACCCUCGCUAUGCCUCUGAUCCACACCCUAUACCCCAUACCCAACAUCCUCACCAUACCCAACACCCCACACCCGACACUUACACCCUACAGCCCACACCCUUCAGCCCACAUCCUACACCCCACCUCCUAAUCCGAACACUCCAAACGACAAAAAGAGUUUUGAGGUUUAUAGUCCACUUAGCCGGAAAAAAAAUUACUUCAUUUUCUAUCUUGUCACUUCACUAAAAAUGAAAUAAAUAUAAUCACAAUAUUUAUAUGUAAAUCUUAACAGUCUCAUGUAGCAUAAGGACUAUUGAAAUAAAUCAAACAUUAAAUAGAAAUUAAAACAUUUUAACACAUAACGUAUUUUAUGGACUAUAAGAUGCACUAUGUUCUUUGAAAAAUUGCCUCCAAAAUUCAGGUGCGUCUGAUACUCGAAAUUAAUGUAAAAAUGUACAAUGUUUUAUUUAAAAUUCUAGCCAGUCUUUAAAAAAUUGCUUAAAAAUUAAGGUGAGUCUUAUAGUCUGUAGCGUCUUAUAGUCCGUAAAAUAUGGUAGUUCCUGUACAUGUAUUUAAGCGUUACUUCUUUGGGUUUUUAUUCUGUUACAGACUUUAGAUAUUCUGUUACAGACUUUAGAUAUUCUGUUACAGACUUUAGAUAUUCUGUUACAGACUUUAUAUAUGCUUAAACAAGUUUUAGGCAUAGUGCAUCAAACAUAGAAUGAAUAUAGUUUGAUGCUGGACAGUGACAUAGAAUGUAUAUAGUUUGAUGCUGGACAGUGACAUAGAAUGUAUAUAGUUUGAUGCUGGACAGUGACAUAGAAUGUAGAUAGUUUGAUGCUGGACAGUGACAUAGAAUGUAUAUAGUUUGAUGCGGGACAGUGACAUAGAAUGUAUAUAGUUUGAUGCUGGACAGUGACAUAGAAUGUAUAUAGUUUGAUGUUGGACAGUGACAUAGAAUGUAUAUUGUUUGAUGCUGGACAUGCAAAAAAAUAAGGCUUAAGCUCAACGGGCGAUCUUACGCCACGGUCAUUUCCUUUAAAAGAAAAACAAAGUUGCUGGGCCAAAUAAAAUAAAGACGAUGACAUUAUAAGAUACAAUAAGAUUUCAUGGUGUUCUAUCAUGAUUUUCAUCUUACUAUGUGGCCACAAAACAAAUUGCAAACAACCGAUUAAGUCAUAUUGGCGGACUGGCAAUGGUUUCCUGUCCCAGUGCGGUUCACACUGACACUACUUUACAAGAUUCAAUUUAUGAUGACUGAUGUAUUGCGAUCGGCAAUCUCGCUGUAGCUACACAAUUCAUUUGCCAGUCCAUUGAUUCCAACGUUAGGAAACAAUGUUUCAAGUAAACACCUCCGAAUAAUAUUUACAUUCACUUUUCCUUGAGAAUUAUUAUUAUUAUUAUUAUUAUUAUUUUGAACUAAAAAAAGGGUUUUCUUAAAAGCAUUAGUUGACUUUUAGGUGUAUUGCAAUGAAAAGUUGUUGUUUUUAAUUCUAUAUAUUACAUGCAAUAUUAUUAUUUUGUAUUUAAAAUAUCCCUCCUCAUUUUAAUUCUUUUCUUUUCUUUUUUUAAAGAGUCAAUGAGAAAGCAAGGAAGGUCACUCGCCUCCCUAAAAAGAGUCCAUCCAAAGUACCCCAGUAUCGGUACAGCUCCAUUACCUCACCUCAACCAAUCACAGUUGAGAAAAAUUCCAUCCAAGAAAAGUCCAGAAGCUCUGUUGAAAAGUUAAAUGAUGAAAGGCCAGGACUUAGUCUUCCUGAAGUCAAGGGAGCAGAUGGUAUAAAAAAAAUUUAAUCAUUGAAAACUUGUGGUUAUAUUUCUAUCUUUAUUUUUCAAGGAAAUUAUAUUUUUUCUUAUAUUCAGUGAUUUUUUUUUUUUUGAGAGAAAAAAAUAGUGCCUGAACUCUUAUUUGUUUGAUUUAAAAAAUAUACAUUAAGAUAACUUAAGUUAAAUUUCACCUAAAAUUGGUAAGCAAGGCCAUUAUAGUGUGUUCUGUUACAAAAAAAGUACUGCAAAUAAAUAUAUAAAUAUUUUCAACUGCUAAAAAAAAUGUUCCAAGCUACUUAAAAAAAGUAUUAUGCUUUUCAAAAUUUAAAUUUUCAUUUAAUGCUUAGUGAUAUGAUUUACCAAUUGUUUAUCGAGAGAGUAUUUUCUAUUUUUUUAAUUAACUGUUGAAAGAAACCCCAUUACAAAAAGAGAGAAUUUGGAGCAAUUUAAUGUGGGGGAAAGUUAGAUGUUAUGAAUAUUAUCUAUUUAUUAAUGGCUGAGACCAGUGGUUCCACAACUUCUUUUUUCAAUAGACUUCAAAAUUUUUUAUAACAAAUAUUUAUUUAAAAAAACAUAAUUAUAGCAUAGAAACACAAUAACUACAUAAAAACAUCAAAUAAAUUUAAGAGCGUCACAUCAGUCAUGAAAACCUAACAAAAACAAGAUAUAAAGUGUUAGAUUUAGAUUACAAAGUCCUCUGAUUAAAAUUUAAAAAAUACUGCAUGUUCAAAGCAAAUCUCCAAAGAAUUUAAAGCUUUUGUCCUGCUGCUUUUAUUUGCAAAUUAAAUAAGGCCAUUAGUUAAUGAAUUUUUUUUUUUUAAACUUAAUUUAUUUUAAUCUUCUUGUCGCACCUUUUGUCCUGCUUCAAUGCACCAUAUCACAACAUUUUUUGAAACCACUGGUCUAGAUUGUUGCUGUAUUUCCUUUGUAAGAAUGUAAUUGAUAAUGUAAACCACAAAAAUAAUUUUCUCUGGUAUUCAGCAGCCAGCACUAGAGCAAAGGACAAGCAGCAAAGUCCAUACAAAAAGUCCAGUGUCUCAAGUAUACCUCACAUCAGCAACAUGGAAACUUUAACAUCUAGUUCAUCACAGGUAAACGUAGAUUGGGGAGCCUGUAACAAAUUGUUCAUCACAGGUAAAUGUAGAUUGGGAAGCCUGUAACAUAUUGUUCAUCACAGAUGAACAUAGAUUGGGGAGCCUGUAACAUAUUGUUCGUCACAGGUAAACGUAGAUUGGGGAGCCUGUAACAUAUUGUUCAUCACAGGUAAACGUAGAUUGGGGAGCAUGUAGCAUAUUGUCCAUCAUUGUUGAAAAGUUUAUUACAGAACUUUUAAUCUAGAUCAGGAGUCUUAUGGCCCACGAAAAUACCGAAUAGUUGACCUAUGAGUCUAUAAUUAAGGUAAAAAAAUUUUGUAAAGAGGCUUGAAAGUCUGAGCUGUAUAUCAACUUUAAAAAAAAUUGUAUAGUUUAGAUGUGGCAUACUGAAUAAAACAUGGAUAUUUGGUCUAAGGCAGGGGUCUCAAACUCAAAUUAUCCGGGGGCUUUAGGAGGUAUAGUCUGAGUGAGCCUGGGCCACAUCAAGAAGUACACAAAAAAACGAUUACAAAUUCAAUAAAGUUCAACUGUUACAAUCUGCUCAACGUUUAUUAAUAACAAACAAAAACUAUAAAGGUUCUCAAGAACUAGGCUUCACUUUCCUCCUCCUACUCCUUAUUGCCAGAGACCUGGCAGCGCUUCUUCUUACACAGCAGAGCAACAUUUUGUUUGAGUGAAACCCAACUGAGGCAACUUCUUCAUUAAAGGAGAAGGGCUCAUCAAAAAGUUGAAUAGUGGCUCUGUGUGUUUUGAAGUCUUAAAACAUGUGAUCAAAUUCUUCCAGCUUUGCAAUGGCAUCAGUAUACCUAUUACUGAAUGGUGUGCCAGAAUCCAAGACCUAUAACACAAAUUGUGUGCAUAGUUCCCUGACAUUGUCAUAGGCAACACUGACAAGCUAACCCUAGUCUUGUAACAACUUGUUGUGUACAUUCAGCUACUGUGUAAUGUCAACAAGAAAAGCCAAGUCCAUGAGCAUUUGGAAUCAUUUAGUACAGGAACAACAUUUAGUCCAAUUUCUACAAUUAUAAUCAGCGUCCAAAUCUAUACAAACAUAAUAAAUAUCAGAAUUAGACUAGUCGUUAAAAUAUGACUGUAACCGUCGCAGAGGGUCAUAUUAUAGAUAUGAGAAUGGGGGGAACGUGCGACCCGCAUUAAUAAUAAACUUUGCUGUCAUGUAGUAGGCCGCAAAAUAUCGUCUUGCGGGCCGCAAAUGGCCAGCGGGCCGCGAGUUUGAGACCCCUGGUCAAAGGUUUCAUUUUGUUGGGGUACCUCAAAUAAUUUAAAUCAUGGAUAACCUACCCAAAUGGCUAUUCUGGCCAUUUUGAUCGCUUGUGAUCUCUUCUUUGCAGGCUGCAUUAUCUGCAGAUCUAAUAUAAAAAAAAUAAUUUUUAAUUAAUUUGUACAUAAUUAUUAUAAUUUUCUAAAUGAACGUAAUGAAACUCAAAAUUGCAAAAUUAAAUAAAACUAAAAAUAUUUAUUUUUAAUUAUUUCUCUUGCUUAAAAUUUAGAGAUCUAUUUCUGUGUGUCUUUUGCAAAUCUUCACUUACCGGUACUUUUUUAGCUUUCAAUAGAUGUAGAGAAUGGUAUUUUAAAUUUUGUGAAUUUCUUUUUUUUUUAAACAAAAACGUUUUAGGAGAAGUUUAUUAGUGAAACAUCCUGUGGACCACAAUAGUAAACACACCAGGCUAAGAGUUGGCCAUCCCGGUGUAAAUGCUGAAUAUUCUAUAUUCUUAGAACACCUCUUCUUAAUCUAUAUGUUUCAAGGCAAUAAAUUUAGUUCAAUUCUGUGUGCGGAGAAAGGAAAUUAUUGAAAAAUAUUUUUUUAUUUCUGGCACCGCCAUCCCCCCUCCUCCCCCAUGUUUUUAGGAAAAUAAAAAUUUUGACUUUUUGAAUGUUCCCCAGCUUGAUAAUAGCUUAACACAUGAGAAAGAAGUCAAUUCAACUCUGCCAAAUGUUUGAUGAACAAUGGCUUUAAACCAUCUUCUGGCUUAAUCAAGACUGGCUGUCUUAAAGCUUGCAGGAAAAAGUGAUAGAUUAUCCAUAGGCAUUUUUUUUUAUAGAAGAUAAACAAAUUUGUGUUUCUGGUCUGAAUUUUUGUCACAGCUGAGAUGAAUUAUUAAUAUUUUUUAUUAUUUUAACAUUUUUAUAAACAUUCAUUUGCUUACAAUAAAUAAAUCAGUUUUUGUGACGGAUCCAUAAAUAUGUCACUUCUAUAACCUGAUGAAUCACGUUAAUGCAUGGAAUGUUGGGGCAUGUUACAAUAAAUAUGCCACUUUACAGAUUUAUUGCGUGUUGUGAUCAUAGACAUAUCUGAGUGGCAAUAAGUAUGAUUAUUUUUCUUUUUUUGGUCUUGAAUUUGGGUGGAAAAAAAUUAGGUUAUUUUUAGAUUGUUUCAAGGUGUCGUCAAACUUCGAACAAAUCGAGCCUGUAUAAUGAUGGUUAGCUCAACUCCGUUCAGUUAUAAUUUUCCCACUCAAAGUUCUCCUUUAGGGAGAUCAUUCACUUGUUUAAAGCAUCCUGGACUUAUUAGAGCGCCUCGACCCAUUUGGUCAUCUUUACAUUAUCAUCACUUUUACAUAAGUAGAUCAUCAUUUAUUUCAGACUGAUCCUGUCUUGCCAGUCCCAUAUUUAAAGUUUAUCUGUUGAAGCAUUUAAUAGCCUACUGUCAUGGUUCAAUCAUGGCAUGAUGAAUAUAUAUAAAUAGAUUGAUAACAAAUGGAAUAUAAAUAUAUAAUAUAUGAUGCACAUACCGGGUAUUCUGAUAAAAGUAUCAACACAGUGCAAAUAGGCAGACUUUUUCACAAGAAGGGCUGUGAGAAAAUAACAUUCACUAGAAACUACCAUUGUUGCAAACAGGAACCAUGUUUAUAAUGUGGGUUUUCAUGGGCAGUGCCGGUGAUUGAUUUUUUUUGUAAAGCCACUGGAAUCUUCAAUAUGGGGAAAUAUGUAAAUGUAGCACAAAGAAAAACCGGGGAUAAAAUAUUGGUGCGGGCGUUCACUUUUUCCUAACCGUGAUUCUUCCUCAUUACGGGUAUGUUAUAUUUCAGUUAUGCUCCGCAGCUGGGCUUUCAAAAAUAUAAUUUUUUGGGGCAUCUCAUGUGAGAGUUCUAGUAACAACUUGGUGAACUAGCAAGAAGUACUUAUGUUGUUAUCUCAAGUCCUUAUUGCCAUCACAUACAAAUGGGGAAGACAAUUUUUGUUAGUUUUCACUGCUCCUCAAUCUCUGCUUUAUCGCAUGUUUUAAUGAAAACAGACACCAAUCAGAAUUUUAUCAUUACCAUAUCAAUCGUUAAAGGAUUUGAAGCAUCUAUUUUACCAGUAACUAAUCUCAAACCAAAUGUUGCUCAUAUCAGGGAAUUAGCAAGUGCAGAUUCUUGUGUUCUUAAUCUAAAUAUCAGUAUUUGUAGUGGUUUACUUUUUGAGGUUUGUUGCCUUUUAGCCUGUCUUUGAUUGGCUUUAUUGGCUAUAUAUUGCUUUAUCAAACCAUAUUGAAUGGAUAUUUAAAUCAUCCACAUUGAAUGGAUUAUUCAAACAUUUAAGAGCAUAGUAGUGAUUGAUUGCAGCACCUUGCAUUUAAAGAGACAUAUACUCAAAAUAACAUAUAUCUGUAUCAUAAAAUGUGAUAUUUAUAAUAUUUUUAUUUUUUAUUUUCCAUAAUGAAAGGUUAUGAAAAUGGGAUGCCAAUAAAUAGAUACCGUAUGUGCAGUAGCUAAUUUUAGCUAACAUAAUGAAAUAGCAAAAUGCAUCUCUUAUCUUUACUGUUGAUUUGAAUUAUGGUGAAAAAUAUCAUUGGUUGUUGAGUUUUUAAUCAGAAUAGAAUAGAUGCAUGUUCACUGAGGUAAAUACUUUAAAGUUAACAAGAUUUGAAAAAUAAACACCACAAAAAAAAAAAUAAGAAUCUUGUAAUUCAUUAAUAAAACUUCUUUAAUUUUUUUUAUGAGCUUAUAAUUUCAGUCAAUAUGAUUCAGUAAAUUAUAAAAAUAUGGCCAUACCCCUUUUUUUUUCUAUAACAAAUAAGGUGGCUUUAAUCAGAUAUGAGUGUACCAGGUAUCAAUAUCUAUAUUUCUAUAUUCUCUCUUUUGAACAGUUUAAUCAUCUUGUGAAAUUUAAACACUUCUUUUCUUUCCUUCCCCUUCUACAUGUUCUAAUGACCUAUUUAUUCCAGAUGUAUUUAUCCUAGGCUAAAAUAUUUAAAGGUUAAAAAGUUAUUACCUGGCUUGUAUUAUUGUUUCAAUGUUGCAAACAAUCAAGAUUUUAUUUAUUAUAAAAAAACAUGCAUUUUAAAAAGAAUUUUAAAACAAGAUGAGAAAGACUAUAGUCUAGUCUUAGAUUUAUUAUAAAAUAUACUGACCAAUGAGAGCUAAGAAAACAAGGGAAAUAACUUUCAAUUGAAAAUAUGGCUUUUGUGUGCAAUAAAUAACAAAAUAUUUUACUGUCACGUCUAGUAAAAUAAAAUAUUGAUAAAUGUACAUAUUUUUCCUAUGAUUAAUUGUGAAUAUUACCAUGUUAAGUUUGCAGUGAUAUCAUUGUUCUGUGUUUGUUCAUCUAUACCAGUAUUAUGUUCACUUUAAGACAGAGAACUAUAACUGUUAUAUGUUCUCUGCUUUAACUUUAAGAAUUUUCACACAGCCUUAAUUAAAAGAGUGCUUUUUAGCACUGAAAUCAUUUCUAUGUAAAAAAAAAAUUAUUAUUAAUUUUAU